AUGUCGGUGGGAGGUGCACCAUCAAGAACUCCCCCCUUUGACUGGGCCAUCCGCAGCUUGACCACCAUCUAUACGGGCAGUCUCUACAAGGAUCCCCGGUAUCUGGACGCCAGUCGCGAAUGCUACCACCGUUCCCUCCGCGGUCUCUCCAACCUCUUGAAUCAGGUGGAGACCGCCAAAUCGGACGAGGCGCUCUCCGCCGCCAUUGCCCUGACCGUCUUUGAGAUGCACGCCUGCACCACCCCAGAUGGGUGGAUCCACCAUGCUGCCGGUAUCCGGGCAAUGAUGCGACUUCGUGGGCCCCUGACGCACUUACAAGGAUUCGGGUGUGCGCUGUACAUCGCGAUCCGAAACACUCUGGUGACCGCAGCGCUAGUCACCGGUGAGGCAUGCUUCUUAGAGGACCCCGAAUGGCAAGAACUGAACGAAAUGAUCGCCGCCGAAAAUGCCAAGCAGCCCGAUUCCUCCGUCUACACAGAUAUCACAGAGCGGGCCUUUCGCCAGGUGGUCAAACUGCCGGGGUUCGUGAAGCGCAUGCGAGAUCUACAGGAUCUCCCGCAGAAACGAGAGCAGCCAGCCCUUCUCCGAGAUGUUCUCGCCACGCGGGCAGCCUUGCGGGGAAUUCAUACCGAGUUCAGCAUGUCGGUUUCCACCCUACGAGCGGGCCGGGAGCCUCAAACCGGCUUCAUCGGACCCCUUCCCCAUCUCUUCUUUGACGGAUUCUCCACCCUAUCCGUUCAAGGCAUCCGCUCAGCUAUACUAAUGUCAAAUUACCUUAUAAUCCUCCUUGACCCAUCUCAACGGAGUGCGGCCGAGGCCGAGAACCGCUUGGUUUCGGAUCGAAUGGCCUCUGGCUCUGGCUCUGGCUCUAGCUCUGAUAGCAGUCGUGGGAUCUGCGCAAGCUUCAAGAACAACUCGCCUCCUCUGACGCCCCCAGGCUCCCCAGACUCCACGGGCCAAUCACGACUGAUGAUCGAGUCGCAAGUCACUCCAGAAACGCGCCAAUCCCCUACUACCGACUGGAUGGAUCGAAUCGCAACCACUAUGGGGCUGGCGGGAGUACGGAUUAGUUUAGUCGAUGAUGGCUAG